AUGGCCAUGGCCGCCUGGAACGACGGCGCGCAUGGCGCCAUCCUUCCCUCCGCUUCCGAAUUUGACGACUCCCAAGCUCGCGAGCCAACGAGAUCCGCUGCCGUCGUUGCGCCCGAAGUCGCUCCGUUCGAGGAGGACGUGGAUCCCGCUGCUGCUGACGUGGCGGUGUCGCUCCCCGGAUCCGACAACCUGAUCAUCUCCCGCGUGCAUGUCAGGGCGGCGAAAAUCGCUGAGCCCGCUAGCGACACGGGUAACAGUGACGUCGAAAUUGUUUGGGACGACGACGUCGCCGAACCCGCUGGCGAAACGGGCAACAGGGACAACGAAAUCGUCUGGGACGACGAAAACGACGACGUCUUUUCGCGCCUGGCCGCCAACGAGGAGAACGAGGAGGCCGGUCUCACGUCCGUCUCCCUGCCUGGUUCUGACAACGUCAUCGCGGCAAUCCGCAAGCCCCGGAGCCACGUGGCUUCCAAGCCCAGAAGCAGCUUCAGCGUGUCGCUCCCUGGCUCUGACAACGAGAUCGUCGCAUUCGGCGUUCCUGCGACGCCGGCGACUCGCAGCACGGUCGUCGUCGCGAACGAUGUGGAAAUUGCGGACGAGAAGGUGACGAAGGACGAGGAGGAUUCCACAUUCCACGUGUCGCUCCCUGGAUCGGACAACGAGAUCUGGGCCCGCAACGUGCCCCACAGGAAGAGCAACGUAGUGGCGAUUACCGACGAGUCAGACCGCGAUUCAACCACCACCACCGCUACUGCCACGGCCACCACUGCAACCGCCUCGCUUUCUUCCAAGUCUGCUUCUGCUUCCUCUUCUGACGACAACACUGCAUCCGUGUCGCUGCCUGGUUCAGACAACGUUAUUCAGGCGUUCAACAUUCGUGGAAAUAAGAAAAAGACUACCUCAUUUCAGAUGUCGCUUCCGGGUUCCGAUAAUGUUAUUACCGCGUACGGCGUGCCCGAGAGGAAGGGGCUGACCGUUGUCGCCACAGAGGGGGCGGAAGUCGCAGAGCCAGCUGUCGCAGAAACGAAGACGGCGGUUAACGAGGUCGCAGAGACGAAUGCGACGACGGACGAUGUUUUCACGGUGUCGCUUCCUGGGUCCGACAACGUAAUCGCCGCACUACAUGUCCCCCAUAAGCGCAAAUUCGUUGCUGGGCAAGCUUAG